AUGGAGUCUCUUACUGGUGCUACUAUCUUACAGCAGGGUAGACCCAUCGCGUACGCCUCAAGAGCACUCACAGCGGCCCAAAGGAACUACGCACAAAUAGAGAAGGAAGCCUUAGCAGUGGUAUUUGGAUGUCAUAAGUUUCACCAUUACAUCUAUGGAAGACAGAUAACUGUGGAAUCAGAUCAUAAACCAUUGGAGUCAAUAUUUCGUAAACCGCUCUUAGCAGCUCCUAUGCGUUUACAAAGACUACUUCUUGCAGUCCAGAAAUAUGACUUAAAGAUAGAAUACAAACCUGGGAAACUCAUGUUUAUCGCUGAUGCUUUGAGUCGCCACUACCUAGAUGAAACUACAGAAGAACUGGUACCCGAAGUUGAUGUCAAUAGCAUCACGCUUAACCAACAUCUACCAAUGUCGAAAGACCGCUAUACCGAAUUUCAACAAGAAACACUACGUGAUUCUACUUUGCAACAGCUUCUACACACAGUAUUGUCAGGUUGGCCUGAAGCCAAGCAAAACUUGCAAUCGACUCUUAUUCCGUAUUGGUCAUUUCGUGAUGAGAUAUCACAUGUGGAUGGACUACUGUUCAAAGGCAGUAAACUCUUGAUUCCGAAGUCGAUGCAACAGAAAAUGUUGGACUUGGUGCAUGAAUCACAUCUCGGAAUAGUGAAAUGCAAGAGCCGAGCGCGAGAGUGUAUGUACUGGCCAGGUAUGGCAGCACAGAUUGAGGACAAAGUUUCAAAGUGUCAUAUUUGUGCAGAAGUACAGAAUUCAAAUCCUAAGGAACCAAUGAUAUGUACAGAGUUGCCGGACCGUCCAUGGUCCAAGAUCGCGUCCGACAUAUUUGCAUACCAGCAAAAUCAUUACAUAAUUGCGGUCGAUUACUACUCUAAGUGGCCGGAGAUCAAGAUUCUAAAGGACUUGUCAUCAUGUCAAGUUGUGAACUCGCUCAAAAGCAUGUAUUCAAAAUAUGGAAUCCCGGAUGAACUAGUAUCCGACAAUGGUCCGCAGUAUACAAGCAAGGAGUUCAAGGAUUUCACAAAGGAAUAUGGAUUCACCCACACCACAUCAAGUCCGUUGUAUCCAAAAUCAAAUGGACAAGCGGAGAGGAUGGUACAAACCGUCAAACGGAUUCUCAAGAAAAACAAAGAUCCGUACAUAGCACUAAUGGAUUACCGUAACACGGAAAUUCAAGGACUAGGAAAAUCACCAGCACAGAUGUUUCUAGGACGUCGUCUGAAAACAAAAUUACCGACAACGGCAAAACUUUUGCGUUCCAUGAACAAUGACACUCAUGAGAAAUUGAAAUCUAGACAGCUAAACUUUAAAAGAUUUCACGACAGGAAUGCAACCAAGAAUCUACCAGAUCUGCAAGCAGGAGACCGUGUAAUGUUGAAAGUACAAAAUUCGUGGAAACAUGCCAACAUCGAGUCAAAACAUCACCAACCGAAAUCGUUUAUCGUGUCAUGUGAAGGAAAGCAAUACCGUCGCAACCGAAGCAGUAUGAAACAAACAAAAUCGAUUAAAGAAACAUCCGAAGUCGAAGGAUUUGACUUUCAGCUUCCCGACAGUGUUUCUCAACAGAUUCCAGGAACUACUCGUCCGAACAGCGACAAUGCUAGUGAACAUCCGAACUGUGACCGCGAAACCGAACAAGCUCGAUGUACCCGUCCAAAACAAACUCUAUCGUUUCCAACUCCACCGCAAGAACUGAACAAAACGCGAUCGGGACGUACUAUCAAAGCUCCUGGCAAAUACGCAGACUAUGUUAUGCAGACAGUUUAA